GGUGGAAGGAAAAUCAUGCAACGUUUAUGAAUGAACUGAAAAAUCUUCAGGCUUCAGGACUAACAACCCUUGGUCAGGCACUCAGGUCGUCGUUUGACUUGUUAAAUCUCAAUAGAUUAGUGUCUGGAAUAGACAACUAUGGACAGGGAAGGAAUCCAUUCUUUUUGGAGCCAUCUAUUCUGAUUACCAUCACAGACGGAAACAAACUGACAAAUACGGCUGGAGUUCAAGAGGAGCUUCAUCUUCCUUUGAAUUCUCCUUUGCCUGGAAGUGAACUGACCAAAGAACCAUUUCGUUGGGAUCAAAGGCUGUUUGCUCUAGUGCUGCGUUUGCUGAAUCUGCUAUCACACAGAUGUGUGAAGUUACAGGAGGUCGUUCUUACUGCGUUCGGACACAAAGAAUGUUGAAUCAAUGUUUAGAAUCUCUAGUUCAAAAAGUCCAAAGCGGAGUUGUUAUUAACUUUGAAAAGUCAGGACCAGAUCCAGCUCCUAUUGGAGAAGAUGGACUUGUUGAUUCAUCCAGGCCCAUCAAUUCAUUUGCUUCCCAACUGUGGCAUAGUUGUCAUAAACUCAUUUAUGUACGGCCUAACCCUAAAACUGGUGUUCCUGUUGGGCAUUGGCCAAUCCCAGAAUCUUUUUGGCCUGAUCAGAAUUCACCAACACUGCCUCCACGCACAGCUCACCCUGUUGUGAGGUUCUCCUGUGUUGAUUGUGAGCCAAUGGUAAUAGACAAGCUUCCUUUUGACAAGUAUGAACUUGAGCCUUCACCCUUAACACAGUACAUCUUGGAACGAAAGUCUCCCCAUACCUGCUGGCAGGUAUUUGUGAGUAGCAGUGGAAAAUACAGCGAACUUGGCCAUCCGUUCGGGUAUUUAAAAGCAAGCACUACUUUAACCUGUGUAAACCUCUUUGUGAUGCCUUACAACUAUCCUGUUUUACUUCCGUUGUUAGAUGACUUGUUUAAGGUUCACAAACUUAAGCCAAAUCUGAAGUGGCGACAGGCUUUUGACAACUACUUAAAAACAAUGCCUCCUUACUACUUACUGCCAUUAAAGAAAGCCCUAAGGAUGAUGGGAGCUCCAAAUCUGAUAUCAGAUAAUUUAGAUUGUGGACUUAGUUACAGUGUUAUCUCUUACCUUAAAAAACUCAGCCAACAGACAAAAAUAGAGUCGGAACGGAUAAUAGGUUCAGUGGGUAAGAAAGUUCCACAAGAAAUUGGAAUAAAAGUGAAAAAUCACUCCAGUGGCCUCUCCUUGGUACACAGUAGGGAUUUUAAGCAACUGCUGCAAGGGAUCACUGGGGAAUCUCCACUGAGACUGGCGGAAAUGAAUGUUAAAGAAUUUGCUGGCUUCCACAUAGGACUUUUAAACAAGGAUUUGAAGCCACAGGCAUUCAGAAAUGCAUAUGAUAUUCCUCGUCGCAGUCUUCUAGACCAGCUAACUAGAAUGAGAACCAAUCUUCUGAAAACACACAGGCUUAUCUUGGGGCAGGAUGAAGACUGCCUUCAUAGUGUUCCUGUUGCUCAAAUGGGAAAUUACCAGGAAUACCUGAAAAUGAUGCCUUCACCCCUUCGGGAGAUUGACCCAGAUCAACCAAAAAGACUUCAUACAUUUGGCAAUCCAUUUAAACAGGAUAAGAAGGGUAUGAUGAUUGAUGAAGCAGAUGAAUUUGUUGCUGGGCCUCAGAAUAAGAUUAAACGUCCUGGAGAGCCCAAUACUCCAGCGUCACUGAAGAGAAGACGUAGCAUGUCACCACUGUUGAGACGACCACAGUCACCACCCGUUGUAACAAAUCAUGUUGGUGGGAAAGGGCCACCGUCUGCUUCUGGAUCCCCAUCAUAUCUGAACCUCAAAGGCAUCCCAGCAAAUAAAGAUACCAAUAACAGUGUUGUGCAAGAUGACAAUGGAGAGAAGAAAGCAGAAAAUUGUCAGUCACUGGAAAAGCAAAUUGAUGGCUUACCUGUGCAAAUGGCUCCUUCGGUUCCAGCUGCUAUGGGAGAGGAUGAAAUGUUACCCAAUGACUUAGACUCUCUACCUGUUGAAUACAAUUGUUUAAGUGAAGAUGGCUUGGAUCAUAAACCUGGUACCAAUGCACUUGUUCGAGGGCCUCUAAAUUACAGUGUGACUGGAGAUGACCAAAAACGGGUGAUGGAGUCUACUUCGGAAUCUGUGCCAAAUUCAUUUAAAAUAACACCUAUGAUGUUGGAGGGCAACAACGCUGAUAUCAAAAUUAAAGUGAUGAAAGAGGUUCGCAAACCUGGAAGAAAUUAUGAAAAAAUUUUCUCUCUUCUUGAGGAGGUGCAAGGACCUAUGGAAAUUCAGAAGUAUUUCAUUGAAUUUGCUAUCAAGGAAGCAGCAAGGUUUAAAAAACGGGUCUUAAUACAACACUUAGAGAGAAUACUAGAGGAACUAGAGUUCAACAGCCUACCCAACAGAGUUAAUCAUGUCAACAGUAGAUAAUAAUGUACCGGCCAGACGAAUACGGACCAGGAAUGAGUUUGCUGUGCCGCAGAAGAGUGGAAGAGGAUGUAGCUGCUGCCCUCACCAUCUUGGCAGUCAAGUGAUUUUACCGUCACAGUCUGAGAAGAAGCAGUGGAGCUUUAACUUUAAGAACCUCUAUCGGCAGAAGCUGGGCUAUAACCUUAAGGAUUUGCUAUGAAAGGUGUGGCUUUUUUCCUGUGGAGGGUGCUAUUUGCUCAACAGGCUGAAGAAAAUAACCAUUGCUGCCCCUCCUGCAGGUGAUGAGAAUUUACUCAUUUGAACGCUGUCAUUAGACAUUUACGUGCUAUAGGCAGCAGGUUGCACUAAAACGGGGCACUGUCAAAUGCACACACUGUCUGCAUCGUGGAGAGAGCCCGUGUGUUCCCAAAAAAAAAAAACCCUCCCAGAAACACCUGCACUGGUAAAAUUGCAUGUUGCCACCACAGAGACAAGGGUCUUGUUCCCAAGAACUGCUAGCCAUGCCUUUAAACUUGAGAUUCAGUGUAGAUUGAGAGUAAAGAAACUGCUAUUGUGUUAAUGAAAGCUAAAGACAGCCCUGUGACUGUUACCACCCGAUGGUCACUAAACAAUCUACCUCAGACUCUCUUCUGUUUUGUCUGCAGACAUUAUGAAAGUGCACCUGAGGCUUCCCAGGUCCCCGACUUCAGUUCUCUUUCAUCCUGUGAGGAGGACGGAGAUUCUUCAGGUGGCCUUGGCACACGCUGUGCUUUGGAAGCACUAAAAGGAAACGCUUUUAAAAACGUGUAUUUUAAUGUUCAUACAAAAGAGAUUAUUUUGAACAGUAUUGUUACCAGAUCACUAAUUUGAUAUUUUAACUGUAUAAAUUUUUUGGAACAUAUGUAUAUAUAAAAUAAACCAUUUUAUUAAUUUUUAAUAAGUGCUAAUCUGAGGAGUCUGUAGCGGGCAGCACUGAGUUCCUCCAACUGUCUGUUACCAACAGACUGCUAACAUUUUUGUAAAAACCAGUGAGCAGUGUAGCUAUACUGCAGCUGAACCCAAUCUGCACACCCUCAAACACAGCUUGCAGUUAUGGUUGCAGAAUGUGUUUGUACCCUGGAGCACCUGCCCCAUCACUCAGCUCAGCCUGCGCGGAGUGCACGUUUUAACUCAAUAUUAAAGACACAAAGUUCCAGUUUACCAAACCCUUGGUUACCUGAGCUGGUAUCCUUUCCUCCGUUCCUCUUACUAUUUUGUCCAAAGGUAAUUUUAUAUAUCACAAAACAUACAAAGAAGACUGAAGCACCUACAUGUAAUGAUUUUUUUUUUCCUUUAAAGCAGUACCAAUAAUAUGCCAGUAGUAAGCGGCUCUUCUGAUAAUUGUGUAUUUUCAGUUGUUCAUACUUAACAUCCUCUGAUCCUGUGACAGCUUUGUUUUAAAGACAGGUUGAAGUUGUGCUUGUGUUAACUAGCUCUUUGCCUCAUACUGCAAAUAUCCCAGGGAUUCCAGUUGACUAGCCAGUGCAUGAGAGGCAGGGAAACGGAUUUUAGCUGGUGAGCCUGUACUUCUCUGUUCCUACUGGUAUUUUUAGUACUAGCCAGCCUGUGAGACAUCUUUUCCAUCCGCUCUGAAGCAGUGGCCUUGUCUCUCUGGAAGAUGCACUUUGACCAUUGGAAUUACACCAGAGAAAUUCAAGAAGGAAAUAAAAUCCAGCAACAGCAAAUCUCUGUCACAGUGUGAUGUGAAUGAAGUGACAUGGGGAAAGGCGUCACUAUAAAUGUGUCCUAAUUCUUCUUGUAGAAGUGACUUUUAUUCAUCUGUACAGUUGAAGAUUUAAAAAAAAACAAAACCAGAAAUACCUUGGAAUGAUACAAAGGGGGGGAUUCACUCCGUCAGAAUUGUUAUGUGGAAGCUGUAUGUCACCGUGAUAGACCUCCCAUGCCUAAUGUUGGACUCUUAAAAGGGAAUUUAUUUACAGAAGGUCAGAUAUACUGUGCAUACCUUGUUCUAAAAUGACCUGGUUGCAUGCAUCAAGUUGCAUGUAAUAUGCCACUCUGAACUAGUAGGUGGCAAGAGGAGACCGCUCUUUUAUCUAGUUAAUGGUUAUUUAAUUUUGUUUCCUGGUUCCAGUUACUCACUUGAUCAUAAUGUGUCUGAGCAGGGGCUGAGUUUUCAAUUAGUGACCUCGUUAGUAUGUAAACCUGCUCUUUCAAUGUGAUGCAGUUGGCUGCCAAAUUAGCUACAGGAAGCUGGUGACUUUCAUUCACCCAUUUGGAAUCUUAUACCCCCAAAAAUGCACAGAAAUGACAAGAUACUCCAUUCAAGUCCAAGUAGCGAGCAUUUUCUCUUACCAUUAUUUUGUCUGAAUAAAUUGAAUUUGGAUCAGAAUACUAGAGGGGAAGAAGACUUCUGGUGAACUGGACACAAGUCUUCAUAAGAAGGAAGGAAGAUGUGCUGUCCUCACAGGUUGUCUCAG